GAGUUGCAGCUCAGCCAAUGAGAGGCCGUUGUAUUGGCCUGCUGGACUCCAGGGGCCCGUGAGGAGGUUGCCGUGGAGACUGCAGACCUAUUUGUGACUGGCCCUCCACCUGACUCUAGUGGGAGAAUCCUGCUGAACAUGAUCCGAAUUGCAGCACUGAAUGCCAGCUCCACAAUUGAAGAUGAGCAUGAAGGUACCUUCAAAAGUCACAAAACACAGACAAAGGAGGCUCAAGAAGCAGAAGCUUUUGCUCUGUAUCACAAAGCUUUGGACCUUCAGAAACAUGACCGAUUUGAAGAGUCUGCCAAAGCUUACCAUGAGCUGCUUGAGAUUCGUCUUCUGCAAGAGGCAGUUCUCUCUGGUGAUGAGAAAGAAGGGUUAAAACAUCCAGGCUUGAUGUUAAAAUAUUCCACCUAUAAAAAUCUAGCACAAUUGGCAGCACAGCGAGAUGACCUGGAGAGAGCCAUGGAGUUCUACUUAGAGGCUGUAAUGUUAGACUCUACUGAUGUCAACCUAUGGUAUAAAAUUGGUCAUGUAGCAAUAAGGUUAAUCCGUAUGCCACUGGCACGUCAUGCUUUUGAAGAAGGACUCAGAUGUAAUCCUGAUCACUGGCCUUGUUUAGAUAACCUCAUCACAGUCUUGUACACGCUUAGUGACUAUACAACAUGUUUGUAUUUUAUCUGCAAAGCUCUGGAGAAAGACUGCCAAUACAGCAAAGGACUGGUACUGAAGGAGAAGAUUUUUGAGGAGCAACCUUGCCUCAGGAAAGACUCAUUAAGGAUGUUCCUCAAAUGUGACAUGUCAAUCCAUGAUGUGAAUGUGAGUGCAGCUGAAACAAGAGCAAUCGUAGAUGAAGCAUUGGAGCUACGUAGAAAGAGGCAAGCUCUAAUGGUGCGAGAGAGAGAACCAGAUCUUAAGCUUGUCCAGCCAGUUCCCUUUUUCACGUGGAAGUGUCUAGGAGAAAGUUUACUUGCUAUGUAUCAUCAUUUGACAACAUGUGAGCCUCCUCGACCGAGCCUGGGGAAAAGAAUUGACCUCUCAGAGUACCAAGACCCAGUCCAGCACUUGAUUCUUUCUCCUACCUCUACUCCUGUCAGUGUUAUCCUGCCCAAUCCUGUCAGCACUAAUCCAGUGGUUACAAUAAGUGACCCAGUAUUAACUUACACUCCAAUGACACCCAGUUUUUCCAGUCAUAAUGAGAAUUUACUGGAACCAGUCAUGCCUAUAGGUGACACAACUGUUAGUGAUAAAUCCAAGAAAGGGGUGAAGCGGAGGAGAAUUACAGAAGAUAGUGGUGAAACUGCAAAAAGGCGGUCUGCUAGAGUCCGAAAUACCAAGUGUAAAAAGGAGGAGAAAGUUGACUUUCAAGAACUGUUAGUAAAGUUCCUUCCUUCAAGGCUGAGGAAACUGGAUCCAGAGGAAGAGGAUGAUCCUUUCAAUAACUACGAGGUACAAUCAGAGAUCGAACAAGAGAAUUUCCAGCAUAUUGGACCACAUAGACUGUCAUUUGACUCUACAACAUUCAUGGAAUCUGAGAAGCAAGAUGUUCAUGAAUUCCUAUUGGAUAACCUGAACAAUGGUGGCAUCCUGGAACUGAUGAUGAGAUAUCUGAAAGUAAUCAGCCAGAAGUUCCUCGUGAAGUGGCCAUCUGGCUUGUCUGAGGUGGUCCUUAGUAUCUACAAUAGUUGGAGAAAGCAUAGUAGUAAUUUGCCCAACCCGUUACUGAGGGAUUGUAGCAACCAGCACAUCAAGGAUAUGAUGCUGAUGAGUCUUUCUUGCAUGGAACUACAACUUGACCAAUGGUUGCUGACCAAAGGGAAGAGCUCUUCAGUUUCCCCUCGAAAUUGCCCUUCUGCCACUGUGAACGGAAAGUUUGGUCCUGAUUUCCCAGGAUCCCAUUUUCUCGGGGACUUGUUGCAGCUCUCAUUUGCAUCCUCCCAGCGAGAUCUGUUUGAGGAAGGCUGGCUGGAGUUUGUGGCUCGAGUGUAUUGGCUGAAGGCUCGCUUUCUAGCUUUGCAGGGUGACAUGGAGCAGGCAUUGGAGAAUUAUGACAUCUGCACUGAAAUGCUGCAGAGUUCCACUGCAGUCCAGGCCAAAGCUGGCAAUGAACGCAGCAUCGUGAUCCGAUUACCUAACCUCCAUGUUGAUUCUGUUGUUUCUCUAGAAGAGAUUGACAAGAACUUAAAGUCUCUGGAGAGAUGCCAGUCUUUGGAGGAGAUCCAGCGACUGCAUGAGGCAGGGGAUUACAAGGCAGUGGUGCAUCUGCUUCGCCCAACCUUGUGCUUUAGUGGCUAUGGUAGAGCUAAACAUCUGGAAUUUGUUAUAUCUAUACCAGAGAGACCAACACAGUUACUUCUUUUGCAGGAUUCCCUGCUGAAACAGAAGGAUUACAGGCAAUGUUUUGAAUGCUCUGAAGUUGCCUUGAAUGAAGCAAUUCAGCAGAUGAUUAACAUGACAGUAGCUUCUGCUAAAGAAGAGUGGGUUGCUACAGUAACACAGCUGCUCACAGGGAUUGAUCGCUCACUGUCAUCAGACAGCAGCAUCCUGAAGGAAUCUUCUGUAACACUGAGCCUCAUUCGGCUAACAAACAACCUCAUUCAGAUUAUAGAUUGCAGCAUGGCAAUCCAGGAGGAAGCCAAAGAACCAUAUGUCUCGUCAGUGCUUCCCUGGAUUAUUUUGCACCGAAUCAUCCAGCAUGAAGAAGAUGCCUUCCGAUCCCUUUGCUGUCAGCAGCAGCAGUCCCAAAGCCAGGGUGAGGAAGUGAGUCCUGACACGCCUGUGCUCCCUCCUUCCCUCAUGUUACUGAACACUGCUCAUGAGUACCUAGGAAGAAGAUCUUGGUGUUGUAACUCAGAGGGUGCCCUUCUCAAAUUCUAUGUGUGGGUACUGCAAAAGGAACUUGCAGUGUCUACCUCGGAAGAUACUCAUCCCUACAAAGAGGAACUGGAGACAGCCCUGGAGCAGUGUUUUUACUGUUUGUACAGCUUCCCGAGCAAAAAGAGCAAAGCAAGGUACCUGGAAGAGCAUUCUGUGCAGCAGGUGGAUCUGAUGUGGGAAGAUGCAUUAUUCAUGUUUGAAUAUUUUAAGCCCAAAACUCUCCCUGAGUUUGAUAGCUACAAAACCAGCACUGUGUCUGCUGAUCUGGCCAACCUUCUGAAGAAGAUUGCUACGAUUGUUCCUCGAACAGAUAAGCCCAUGUUAAGCCUAGAUGAUGUCUCUGGCUAUAUUGAAGGAACCUUCAGCAAGGUACCAUCUCUCCCUGAGGGUGCAGACUACUCUCCUCCCAUGGUAACUGAGCUGUACUACCUCCUGGCAGACUACCACUUCAAGAAUAAAGAACAAUCUAAGGCCAUUAAAUUCUACAUGCAUGACAUCUGUAUUUGUCCAAACAGGUUUGAUUCUUGGGCUGGCAUGGCACUGGCUAGAGCAAGUCGAAUUCAGGACAAGUUGAACUCCAAUGAGCUGAAGAGUGAUGGCCCCAUUUGGAAGCACUCUACUCCUGUCCUCAACUGCUUUAAACGAGCCCUGGAGAUUGACAGCUCUAAUCUCUCUCUCUGGAUAGAAUACGGCACCAUUUCCUAUGCCCUGCACUCUUUUGCAUCCCGGCAGCUUAAGCAGUGGAAGUUAGAACUUCCCCCUGAAGUUGUGCAGCAGAUGGAAGAGCGUCGAGACAGCAUGUUGGAGACAGCCAAACUCUGCUUUACUUCGGCAUCUCGCUGUGAGGGAGAUGGAGAUGAAGAGGAGUGGCUUAUUCACUACAUGCUGGGAAAGAUUGCAGAGAAGCAAAAGCAGUCUCCUGUUAUCUAUCUGUUUCAUUACAAACAGGCAGGUCACUACCUCCAUGAGGAAGCUGCCAGGUAUCCAAAGAAGAUUCACUACCAUAACCCACCAGAACUGGCCAUGGAGGCAUUAGAGGUAUACUUCCGGCUUCAUGCCUCUAUUCUGAAACUUCUGGGGAAACCAGACUCUGGGGUGGAUGCAGAAAUAUUAGUUACUUUCAUGAAGGAGGCUUCUGAGGGACCAUUUGCCAGGGGUGAAGAGAAGAACACUCCAAAAGUUACAGAAAAGGAAAAGACUUGCAUGAUUGAUGAAGACUCUCACUCUUCUGCUGGAACAGUACCAGGCCCUGGGACUUCUCUCCCCUCUUCCUCUGGUCCAGGUCUGACAUCCCCACCUUACACAGCCACUCCAGUUGACCACGAUUACGUCAAAUGUAAAAAACCCCGUCAGCAGGCAACGCCGGACGAAAGGAGUCAGGACAGCACAGCAGUGGUCCUCUCUGAUUCCAGCUCCACACAGGACAUCUUCAAUGAACCUGCCAGUUCUCAAGACGAUUCGAGGAAGCCUUACUCAGAGAAGAGGAUUUCCACUUCCUGUUCAGAUGUCAUAGCAACCUGCAAAGAAACUCUAGGAUCUGAAGAGGAAAGAGGAAAAUCAGAAGAACCCUUGGAGAACUCUGAAUCUUAUCAUGCAGCUGAGCAUAGUGUCCAGAAAGUUCUUUUAGAUGCCCAAGCAUCAUCUGGCAUCCCUGUCAAGGCUACAGUUCCCCCACCUUCACAGUGGGACUGUAAGAAGAAAGCUGAAUCUUGUGGAGACACAUCUGAGUUUCCCCAGUGUCUUCCAGCAGAUCUUGAAGAGCAACGCAAAUUCCUGACAGAACAGUGCAUCACCUCUUUCCGUUUGUGUCUGAGCCGUUUCCCCCAGCACUAUAAGAGUCUCUACAGGCUAGCUUUUUUGUAUACGUACAGCAAAACGCACAAGAACCUCCAGUGGGCCCGAGAUGUGUUGCUAGGCAGCAGUAUCCCAUGGCAGCAGCUGAAGCACAUGCCAGCACAGGGUCUCUUCUGUGAGAGGAACAAGACUAAUUUCUUCAAUGGAAUCUGGCGAAUCCCCGUGGAUGAAAUUGACCGUCCAGGCAGCUUUGCAUCUCAUAUGAACCGCUCCAUUGUCUUGCUGUUGAAUGUGCUGUCUCAGCUCAAGGAUUACAACACCCUACUGAAAGUCUCGUCCAUGCUGCAGAGGACACCUGAUCAGGGAAAGAAGUACUUACGGGAUGCAGAUCGCCAGGUUCUUGCACAAAGAGCCUUUGUUCUCACAGUGAAAGUAUUGGAGGACACACUUAACGAGCUGACAGAGGUUUCAGAAGAUCAAGGUUCCAAAUCUUGUAGCCUUGCAUUAGGAAAGAUGACAACAGACGUUUCCAACAAAGCUAGUGCUGAAGAGGGGAAGGAGGUCCUUCCCAAAAAGCCAGCUUUCUCUGAUGGAGCAGUAUGUGGUACUGAGAAUGGAGUAAAAGAAGUGACCCAGGGACAAACCAUCAAUGCUAUGGACACAUUAGAACAAGAGGUUAAGAAUGACAAGGAGAUGAAAGAGGUUCUCAGGCCUGGCUCAGUUGAGCCCAUGGAUUUUGAUGGAUAUUCCAAAGACCCUGAAAAAAUUGAUUCUUCUUUUAAACAUACUGAGCCAGAUCCUGUUCAGUCUGGCAGGAAUUCAAAGGACAAAACCCCUGAAAGCAGAACUGCAGAACUCUCUCUGGAAGAGUUAAGUAUCAGCUCAAAACAGCAACAACAGCAGUCAACUAAAGGAACAGUUCAGGCAGCACCUGCAGAGGAAGCUGUCCAGAGGUCAAACAGAAAGAGGAAGUUACUAGAUGAUGCAGAGUCUGGGAAAACUCUGUUACUGGAUGCCUACCGGGUGUGGCAACAAGGUCAGAAGGUCAUGGCCUAUGACCUGGGCAGGAUUGAGAAGAUCAUGUCAGAAACAUACAUGCUGAUUAAACAGGUGGAUGAGGAAGCAGCCUUGGAACAGGCAGUCAAGUUCUGUCAGGUUCAUAUGGGAGCCUCAGCACAGAAACAGUCCAUAGGGGAAACGCCAACAACCCCAAAGCAUAUAAAGGACAAUAAAGAGAGCUUCUUCCCAGCAGCUCCAGCAACGCUGCCUCCUACACCAGCGAAUCCAGACACUGUGACUUCUGAAAACCUACUAAAACUGAACGACCUUCAUUCCAAACCCAAGCCAGCAUCCUCUUCCUCCUCCUCUUCUUCCUCAGCAUCUUCUUCAGUGCCUCCACCACAGACACCACACAAGGACAUCGAGCUGCACCAAUGCCAGAGUGCAGAGACUGCUCCCAGCAUGUCUUAUAUUACGCAUGUUAAUGAAGAGGAGGAGGAGCUGGAAGGACCUUUGGAAGGGCUUGGAUUUCAGCAGCAAGAGUCCCGACUUUGCCAGCAGAUGAAAAUGGCUACUGUUGCUCCAUCGCCUGAGGCUGCGUGCUGGCAAGUGGAAUCCGUGACCAGCACAAGCUCAGGACAUGGCUGUACCCAGGCCUCCGGUUCCAAGCCAGAAGUCAGUUCCAAUUCACAGUCCUUGGGAAGCCAGCAGAACAAGGCAGAUAGCACCCGAGUAAAAGCCCGCAUUCUGCCCACCAUGCCAAAGCUUUUUAUCCCUUCAUCUAUCACCAAAUUCCCACCUGAGAUCACUGUCACCCCACCAACACCAACCUUACUUUCUCCAAAGGGCAGCAUUUCAGAAGAGACAAAGCAAAAAUUAAAGGUGGUUCAUACUGAUUUGGUACAUGUACUGCCUCCCCCAAGCACCAGUCUUCAGCUACUGGCUACAUACUGUACUGAAUGUUGUGUUCUGAAAGGAGUCACCUUCUGCCUGAUCCUUAGCAUAUCAUGAAGGACUGGAAGUACCGAACACACGAGAAGCCACCAAAGAUGAAACCCCUGCAUUCAAGAAGUUCAUUAAUAGAGUUGUGCAAAAUUACAACAAGAAACCAAGAAGGAUGUAGAUGUCAUGCUUCAUAGUAGGCUUAAGUAGCCAAUUUUAAUUUGUGUGAUGAUUUUAAAAGAUAAGUUAAAUCUAAUGGUCAUGAAACAAUUUUUAGUUUUUACUAUCAUGCCAUAUAGCCUACCUUCGCCCUAACAGUCUCACCCUUUGUCAGCCAUCACCCUCUCUGUAUAUUUAAACAACGUCUCCCCUAAUUUCAAUUCCUGGGGAAAAUACAGGUCUGUUGCCAGAUUCCCUCUUCCCUCUAUUUUGAUGGAUGAUUAGUUCCAAACUGUGGAGAGUGAAAUGUUGGUCCUGUUCAGUGCAGAAGCAUUUUGGGGGGAAGUCUGGAGGAAUUGUUUCUUUCACCCUCUACCUCCCUUUUUGUUCCUUUUCACCAUUGUUGUCCAUUUACUAUCCACCCUGCUACUGUCUUUGCAUAUCUGUAACUACCCUGGCAGACUACUUCUCAACAACUGAGUUUGCCUUUCUGCUUCCAACUAUCUGCUACAUAUAUACCCAGAAUGCUGAGUGAUGAUGUCACGGCCCAACUGGCACGUUGGUGAAGGCAGGGAAUGAGUUUAGAUAGUUUAAUUAGCAGACUCCAAAGGUAUCCUAAUUGACUAAAUUUCUCUCUUCGUGCUAAGUUAUAUGAAAUGUAGAAAGGACGUUUAGACCUAUUAGGAUUUUUAAAAAAGUAAAAUUGUUAGCCUGCUCACCUUGAUAGUCAUCUUAAAGUAACACUCUCUCUUUUUUUUAACACUAGAGGGUGCCAUAUUGCAGAAUAAAAGCUAAAAUCAAAAUAGAUGACUACAGGGUAGAUUGGUUUUAAAUCAAAGUGAUUUAAAUCCCCAAUUUUAAUCAUGAUAUAAAUCAACAAGCAGGAAACUUUGAUGUAAAUAGUUUAUUUUAAUCGAGUUUGGCAUUUGUACCAUAGUUAUUUUCCUAAAGAGAGGUUAAUUUUCAUUAAAACAUGGAUUUGCAACUAAACACAGUCUUUACACUAAAUUUGUUCCUUCUUUUUGCUAACCUGAAGGAUAUAUAGUAGAAUCUCAGAGUUAUGAACACCUAGGGAAUGGAGGUUGUUCAUAACUCUGAAAUGUUCAUAACCCUGAACAACAUGUUAUGGUUGUUCUUUCAAAAGUUUACAACUGAACAUUGAUUUAAUACUCCUUCAAAACUUUACUAUGCAGAAGAAAACUGCUGCUUUCCCUUUAUUUUUUGUAGUAGUUUACAUUUAACACAGUCCUGUACUGUCUUUGCUUGGGUUUUUUUGGUUUGUUUUUCUUCUUUUUUUAUCUCUGCUGCUGACUGAUUGUGUACUUCUGGUUCCAAAUGACGUGUGCGGUUGACUGGUCAAUUUGUAACUCUGGAGUUCUAAACACUGAGGUUCUGCUAUACUAUGUAGACAUUUAUUCAAGCAGUUAUAAAACUUAAUUUACAUUUAUUUAGAUUCUUAAUUCUUUACAUUUUAAUUAUGUUAACAGUGAAUGAUGUAUUUCUUAUUUACUAGAUUAAUUUUGUCUUGUGAUUUUUGUGAAGCUCUGUUUAGAUGGAAAUUCAAAUUCAAUUGAAAAUGCACAAAAACAGCAUUUUUAACUGAAAAAAUUAAGUAGGAUGGUUACAUAAGAAAAAAAGUUUAUCAAAGCAUGUUUUCCAUUUAACAUUAACUGUUUUACUAAACAAAGGAAAUAUUAUUUGUAGUUAGUGAUUGAGCUGAUUGUUUUUGGUCACAAAGUCCUUUAAGAGUUUAGAACUAAUAGAUCUCAUUCUCAGACAGUUUUGAUUCAUAGAUUGGAAAAGGAAAACAAGCUUUCCUGUUUUUUCAAUUCUCAGUUGGUUUCUUGACUUUUGAAUGAGCUAGUCUUUCAGCUGAACUAGUUGAGUAAACUGAAGUGGAGACAUUAUUCUCUCUGCACCUGCAGAAGAGGCUACUGAUGUCAAAAACUGGGUUAGCACUUCAACAAGCUCUGCUUCCAGAAGCUUAGCCAGUGACAUCUACCAGUCACUGAUUUGACUUUCUUUAAAACAUGGCAGCAAACAUGUACUGCUUCAUUUAAAUGAUUUUAAUAUUUUAUAGUAAG